AUGAGCUGUGCUCUUGAAUGUAAAACAUGUCAACAAGAUAAUCCUGAUUGUUUAUUAGCAGACAAUGUUGAAAUUCGUCAAUGUGAAAAUGAUAACGAUCGUUGCUUUACAUGGUUUGAUCGUACAGGAAGUGGAAUUAGCGUUCAACGUGAUUGUAUAUCAACUGAUACAGCUGAUUAUAAGAUGAUAAAACGAUUGAUUGGAACAAAAGAUAGUGGAUGUGUAAAACGUAUAAAUGGUCUGGAUUGCUUUACAUUUUGUUCGCUUAAUAAAUGUAACUGA